AUGAAGAUGAUGCUGGGUUUGGCGGCGGUGGCGUCCGGGCUCGUUACUUGCCGCUGCAGCGGGGCCGACGCUGACUUCGACCUGCUCCGAAAACGAAAGAACCCGGACAUGGAUGCUAGGGGGUGGCACGAGAAGUUGCCGAACUCUCGCGAAGAUGGUCGUUCAGCACGCAACCAGCGCAUCCCCGCCAACUAGGAGUCAUGCGAGCGUGAGUGCGACAUAUGAACGAGGACAUUUUGACUGCUGCUGCUGUGUAUUAUAUGUAUGUAGGGACAGCAGAUAGAUCCAGAUCCGUUGUACUUCCUUCUACACAGUAUAUAUGCCUCGUCAUCCCCCUGUUCUACUUGUAGUGUCUAGAAUAAUAGAACGGAACAACCACUGCUGUAUGUAUGUUCCCUACAAAUAUAGACUACAAUACCCCAUACAUAUAUAUUUUUUCCCACGCUGUAGUCUAGACUAUGCAUAUCAGCAGUAGGACUUCCGCGUGCAGGGCGUACUCUCACAAUACACAUCAUGUACACCGUAGUCGUUCUGUUGUGUGGUGAUGCUCUAUCAAGGUAUGCGCCGUCGGUGUCGGGAUAUAGUAGGGUAGGAAGAGAAAGGGGACAGAAUUAAAUAAUUAAUUAAUUAAUUAAUUAAUUAUCCAGGGAUAUGUUGCGGGGCCUCGAAGAGAAGAAAUUGAAGAGCGAGAGAUUUUGGGGACGCAGGUUCCGUGUCGCGAGUUAUCGACGUCGAUGCCAUUCCGUCAAUUCCGUCACGCAAGGAUCCCAAAACCCAGAUCGAGGGAGGAAGUUGGCACAAAAAAUCCAAAUGGGUGACCUGGUGACGGAACGCGGCAAAUCAUCAUCGCGGAUGACGAAUAUCCAUCCGGAAGGAAGACGGAACACAACCGCGAUAAACGGAUGUUAACCC